AUGGCAGCUUUCUCCUCAAAAGCCUCUAUUAGAUCCAUUAGUUUGCCUGCUAGAUCUCAUCCAACCACACUUGGAGUUGAAGAGGAGCUAAACAAGAUUAAAUCUUGGGAGGCAUCAUCUUCAUCAAAGGUAGAAACAAUAUGCGUUGGUCUAUCAGGUCUGAGUGAGUUGUACAGGUGCAUCGAAGAACUUCUUAAUUUGCCAUUGACCCAACAGGCUCUUGCUCAACACCAACAUCAGAAAUGGUUUAAUGAUUUACUACUUGAAAAUUCCUUGAUGUACUUAGAUAUCUGUGGCAACACCAGGGAUGCUAUUCUGUUGAUGCAAGAAACUAUUCGAGAACUUCAAUCCGGUCUUCGAAGAAUAAAAGUUGGAGACUUGAGCAUUGAAAGCAUUGUCACUACUUACAAUUGCUCAAGAAGAAAGAUGAGGAAGGAGAUUGCAAGGUCUCUAGCAUCAUUGAAGCCAUUGGGCAACGAAAUCGAGGCUUUUCCCAUGUUAAAUUUGGAUCAUCACCUCUCAGCAGUGGUCAGAGUACUUAAUGAAACAAGCUUGAUUACUAGUUCAAUCUUUCACUCCUUCUUGUUAUUCCUUUCUGUGCCUAUGUUGAAACCAAAGCCUAGCAGAUGGUCAUUGGUUUCAAAACUAGUGCAAAAAGGGGUACAUGAAUUAGCGAGCAAAGACCAACAUGAGAACAUGAAUGAAUUGGAAGGCGUGGAUUUAGCACUUAACAGCCUGCUGAUGCACAAUUCAAGCAAAGAUAUUGAGGCACCAAAGAUAAAGUCUGCACAGAUUAAGUUGGAUGCUUUAGAUGUCAGCAUGAAAGGCCUCGAGAAAGGCUUGGAGUGCUUGUUUAGGCACUUGAUCCAAACAAGAGUAUUUGGCCUAAAUAUAAUUUCUCAGUAG